AUGACAGGCCAAGAUACAGACGAAGCAUAUUUAUUGGCAGAAAAAUUCAAGAAACAGGGAUAUUUUGACAAGCUAAAACAAGAUAUUUUAACAGAAUCAAUUGAUGGGAAUGGCGAUGAAACAUUAGAGAAGAAAAUAAAAGAAACGGUCACAGAUAUAGUCAAGAACAUGGUUAAUGAAGAAGAGGAGCUCAUUUUCAAAAAUAGAGGUACUACGAGUGCUCUUAUCGAGUCAAAAAUUCUCAUGGAUAAUUAUAAAAUGCUCAGUGAAAACAAAGAACCAUUAAAUGUGGAGAAAACUAUUAAAGAGGCACUCCAAAACGCUAACUUGAGUGACGAUAUCAAAGCCACGUUAGAAAAAUUGUUAGAUGAUACUACUAAGAUGCAUCAAUAUGAUAGUCAAUGA